ACAGCACACUCAUCAAACAGUAUCAUCUUAGAAAUAUCUCAUAGCUUUGCAACGUUUACAACAACAAUGGAAGCAAAAAACUUCAUCUUCAUUUUUGUGUUUACAUUUUUCUUGGGCUUGUGUAUGGCGCAAGUUAAUUUUACUCCCAACUGGGGUAAGAGAUCUGGAACCGAUGACAACAACUGCGAUGUGAACAUGGAAUUGGUGAAAGCUAUCUACAACCUCUUGAACAGUGAAGCGAAAAGACUGAUGAAAUGCGACAGAAUUUAGACGACAGUUUCUUAGGCUAUAAACGUUGAACACCUUGUAAGUUUUUAAAGAAAUAAAUUGAUGUUUAAUUAAA